AUGUCUUUUGCUACAUACCGAAAAAACGGGGACUCGGCGGGGAAGAAGAGGGCCGAGGAUUUGGAGGAGGGGGAGCAGGACAGCGUUUCGGCGACGCUGAAACAGAUAUCUGCCACGCUAGCCGAGUUCAUCAGCUUGGUUUCAAGCAUAUCGAAGCAGGAGGCGUUCUUGGGCACGCAGCGGGACACGCCGGCGUUGCGGCAAGGGGUGAAUGGCUCGAUUGCGAACUGUCAGCGCGUGCACAAGAGGUUGCUCGAGAACAUCGACUAUCUAGAGCGCACGGUGCUCAAGUCUGCUGAUGGGGAGGACGGGAGCCGGGGCUCGAAGGAGCUGAUGACGGUGAAGUUCUCGAAGGACCUCUUGAGGCAGCAGGUGCAGGACGUGUACAAGAAUUACCAGGUGGUGGUGCGAAGCUACAACGAGAAGUUGCACAGUGCGUUGGUGCAGGAGCAGUACGAGAAGACGCUGGAGCGGAUCCGGGAGGAGAGCAAUGCUGCGACGUACAAGACGGCGUUGCUGACACCGUCCGGGGAGGGUGUGCACGGUGACGGGUACAGCAGUGUGUCCGAAGAGGCUGCGACGGGGGCCCACGCGCAGACGCAGACGCAGACGCAGACGCAGAAGCAAACGCAGAAGCAGGCCAGCGAGCUCUCUGAAGCGAGCUUGCAGUACCACUCCGACCUCAUCCACCAGAGGGACAACGCCAUCACGUCGAUCUCGCAGGGCGUGCAGGACAUCAACAAGAUUUUCAAGGACUUGGACCACCUGGUGAGCCAGCAGGGAGAGCAGGUCGACUCGAUCGAGAACAACAUGACCAACUACGCCACGAACAACCAGUUGGCGAGCCACGAGCUCGUCAAGGCCGACAACUACCAGAAGAAGAAGCGCAAGUGGACGUGCGUGCUUUUGGCGGCGCUAGUCAUUGUGCUCUUGAUCGUGCUGGCCCUCAUAAGCUAG